AGCGUUUCUUGACCAUCAAUCAACGAACUCAUCGGGCAUGCAGUCGGUCAGUCAGUCAGUCAGUUAGUCGGUCGCUCACACCAACUCAGACCACCGGCCUAGAACAUUUCAGGCUCGAGGUCAGGAGCCAGUUAGAAUUACGAUUUCAGGCAAACACUAAUUGGCAGUGAAAGCUUCUUGCUUGACCUUUUAGAACUUCACCGAAAUAUCUCUACAAGAAGAGAAAGACGAAACGCUUUAAAGAGAGAGAGAAAAUAAAAGACGUGUAGAAUACAGACCAGACAGAGAUAUAGCGGCCAUGGCCCAAGCCACUGUCGAGAGUCGCUAUCUCUCAGCGGGCGCCAACCGAUACACGGCUGCUACUGACUGGGGCGACGACGGCCUCGUCGCCUUUGCCGCAGACUCUAACAUCUGCAUCUGGAAUCCCGCGAAGAGCAGAGGCAUCUCACACAUCCUCAGCGGCCACAAGGCGCACGUGCGUGCCGUCAAGUUUCUCCCCAAGCUGCCAGAUGACCCGUCCACAUCCUACUUGGUCAGCGGAGGAGACGACAAGGCCCUUCGCCUCUGGGCUCUCGAAACCGCCGCGCCACAUGGCGCCGCAUCGUGCCUGCAGACGGUCGAGGGCCACACGGCGCCCAUCAACUGCAUCGCAGCCCUCGCCCUUGGGCCCGACACCGGUGCGAGGCCCCCGAGGCCCAUCUUCGUCUCGGGCGCCGCCGACGCCACCAUCAAGGUCUGGACGUUUGGAAUGGACGGCCUCGUCCUCCUCCAGAUCAUCAAGACCCCCAAAAAGUACCUGCCGCUCGCCCUUGCUUUGAGCCCGCUGGGAGACGACGGACUUGGUAUCGUUCUGGCCGUUGCCGGAACCACCAAUGUCGUCGACAUCUUCACGGCUUCGAAAGGGGAGACCGGCGACGCGGCCCCCCAGUUCACCCUGCAGGCCACCCUACCGGGACACGAGAACUGGGUCCGGUCGCUGGAUUUCGUCAGAGAGAGCCCCGAGCCGGGGAGCGACCUCCUCUUGGCCUCGGCGAGCCAGGACAAGUACAUCCGCCUGUGGCGCCUGCAUCAGGGCUCGGCCUUGUCGGCCCUGGGCGCGGCCGGCAUGGCCGUCUCGGCUGACGCCUUGACGCCCGGCAACAAGAUCCACAAAAUCGCUGCCGGAGCGACCAAGUACUGCAUCAUGUUCGAGGCCCUCCUCCUCGGCCACGAAGACUGGAUCUACAGCGCAAAAUGGUCGCGCGCGCCACCCGCCGCCGAUGACGCCCGAGGGGUCGGAAAGCUUCAGCUGCUUUCCGCCUCGGCCGACAACUCUCUGUCCAUCUGGGAGUCGGACCAAGACUCGGGUAUCUGGAUCACCGGCGCCCGGCUUGGAGAGGUGAGCCGGGAAAAGGGGGCAACCACGGCCACGGGGAGCAUAGGCGGCUUCUGGACCGGCCUCUGGUCGCCCUCUGGAACCACCGUCGUGACCAUGGGACGGACGGGCAGCUGGCGGCGCUGGGACUACGAUGCCGUCGAGGACAUGUGGAAGCAGAACAUUGCCGUGUCGGGCCACACGAGGGCCGUGACGGGCAUCUCGUGGUCGCGAGACGGCGCGUACCUCCUGUCGACAAGCUCGGACCAGACAACCAGGGUCCACGCCGAGUGGGCAAGGCCGGCGGCCACCGGAAGCAGCCUCGAGAAGACAUGGCACGAGAUGUCGCGCCCGCAGAUCCACGGCUACGACCUCAACUGCAUCGACUCGCUCGGGGCCUCAUCCUUCGUGUCGGGCGCCGACGAGAAGCUCAUGCGCGUCUUCACCGAGCCCAAGGCCGUCGCCGUGAUGCUGAACCGCCUGACCGGCGCCGGCACCGGGGACGAGUCGCAGCUGGCGGCGUUCCCCAACGCUGCCAACAUGCCCGUGCUCGGCCUGUCCAACAAGGCCAUUGACGUGGUCGACGACGACGACGACGACGCGGCGCUCGCGCAGCAGCAGCAGCACCAACUGGCAGACGACCGCGAGGCCGUAGACCCCGCCAACGUGGUGCGCAAGUCGGCGCUCGACAUCGACCACCCGCCGUUCGAGGAGAGCCUGAGCCGGCACACACUGUGGCCCGAAGUGGAGAAGCUGUACGGACACGGCUACGAGAUCUCGUGCCUGGCCACGAGCCACGACGGCCGCCUCGUCGCCAGCGCCUGCAAGGCCAGCAGCGUCAACCACGCCGUCAUCCGCCUCUUCGAGACGGAGCACUGGACCGAGAUCAAGCCGCCGCUGACGGCCCACUCGCUCACCGUCACACGCCUGCGAUUCUCCCCCGACGACAGCCACCUGCUCAGCGUCGGCCGCGACCGCCAGUGGGCCAUCUUCGCGCGCGGCCCCGCCAGCACCACAGAGUACAAGCUCCUGCAGGCGAACCCCAAGGGCCACGCGCGCAUGAUUCUUGACGCGGCGUGGGCGCCGCCCCUGCCCCUGCCCCUGCCCGAAGCGCCCCAAGGAGAGCAGCAGCAGGAGCAGCAGUCUCUCCAGCUGUUCGCGACGGCCGGGCGCGACAGGCAGGUGAUAACAUGGGUCAAGUGGCGGCCGGUGGCGCCGGGCGGGGGUUGCAAGGAUGAGUUCGUGCUCGCGGGCCUUACGCUGCAGGGGCACGCCGUGACGGCGCUCGACUUUUUCCCGACGCCAUCCUCCGCAGACGGCAGCGUGCUGCUCGCCGUCGGGUCCGAGGCCGGCCACCUUUCGCUGUUCUCCAUCGCCGCCGAGGACGGCGGCGGCAAGGUCUCCCUGUCGCGCGUGGCCAGCGUCGCGCCCGAGCUGUGUCUGCCUAAGGCCGUGCUCCAGCUCGCCUGGCGGCCGCCGGUCGGCCGUCACGGGGGAGGAGAGGAAGGAGAAGCAAGCAGCGAAACCGACGGCGGCAGCGGAGGCCAGCAGCAGCAAGAUAACAUCAACCACGAGCUCGCUAUCGCGGGAGCCGACGGCUCGCUCCGCAUCUACUCGGUCUCUCUCGGGCGGCAGAUGGCGCUGCCGCUGCGCCAGGCGUCGCGGGAUCGAGAGUCGGUCGAGUGAAGCCAGAUGGGUAUGUUAUAUCACCUAUCACCUAUCACACCUUACCACAUCUGCCUCGACGUGGGAGCGUGGAGGUGAGACAACAGUAGAGAGAAAAGAGCGCAAAAUGUGUUUGUUUUCACUUCAUCUGCCCGACAUGGCGGGGGAAGGACAAGAGGUAGGAAAAGGGAAAAAAACCGGCGGCGUAUAGAACUGGGAUAGAUAGAUCAGGUAGCUCUUCGGAUAGCUAUUUUGUGGUGUGCAUUAAAAGUUAUUAUUCUUGUUGUCGUAUCAGUCGCCCUCUUGUGACACUUAAUCCCACAGACAUCCUUCUCUUCUCCCUCUUUGAGCGAGACUUUCUCUGUAUACCGCCGCCGCCGGCUAGUCAUAGCCCCAUGCCUUCCAUCCCAUCUGUAUAUAUAUAUAUAUAUAUAUAU